CUGGUAUUUCUAUAGGUUUGCCAUUAAAAAAUGGAUAAAAAAAGAGUCUAAUUUAGCGGCUUCCACUUGUCGUCCAUGAUCGGAUCCGGUAUGGAUCGCCUUCUAAAGGCGCUUUUCCAACUCAGGGAAUUUAAAUUGAAAAGGGAUGAUGAUUUUACUGACCGGUUGAAUAGGCAAUGGACACCAACUUUGAUGGCACUUUUUACGAUUUUGGUAUCAAUAAAGCAGUACGUUGGAGCUCCAAUUAGUUGCUGGUGUCCAGCCCAAUUUACUCCGAGUCAUCACGAUUAUACAAAUACGGUUUGUUGGGUUUCGGAUACAUAUUACGUUCCUUUCUCCAGAACUGCCCCGAAGGAAAAAGAACCUAGGUAUGUUAAAGAAAGAAUAGAAAUUGUAAAUGAAUUAAACAAAUACAAAAAAAACUUAUAUCAUUUUUAUUCUAUGAAGCAAAUACAGUACGAUUAAAAAAAUUUUGUUAUUUUUUUAAUUAUAAAUAGCAGUUAAUAUGAAGAAUUUUGCUAUAUCUCUAAUUAUCUCUAAUUAUCUCUAAUUAAUAUUUACUUCAAAUUCAUUCUAAAGGGAAAUACAUAAAAUAAUAAUUAAUUAUUUAAUCAGUAGUUUUUGCUCCUAGAAUAAAAAAAAAGCGGAUUAGGAAAGUAUGAAGAUAAGUUUAUCCAUACUGAACAGUAUACAGUAUACUUUGUACUAGUACAUUCAUUAAUUUAAGCAUUUCUGUAUGAUUAACACUAAACUGAACUUUGACAUUAUGGGAAUUUUAAAGAAAUUGAGCAAACUCUUACAACAAACUAAAAAGGUCGUGAUGAGGAUUUUAGUUGAUGAUUUACUGACAUUCUAAAAAAGAAUUUUCUUUAGUUGAGAAUGUUUUUUCUAUUCUGUUCAGUUCAUUUAUAUAGAUAUUGGUGUGAAGAGAGAUUGCAUUAUUUGUUAAUGAUGAAAAUUUACGGCAAGAAACACUCUUAUAAGCAAUUUCUAUUCUUUCAUAAAUAAAAUACAAUAGAGAAGAUAUUAGCUAUUAUCAAUGGGUUCCUAUACUAUUAUUGGUUCAGGCAACAAUGUUCUGCUUGCCGGCUGUUUUGUGGAAACUUUUACAUAGACGUUGUGGUCUAAACGUAUGUUCUCUUAUCGAAGCGUCUAGAGCAGCUCAACGUGCUUUGUAUGCUGACACUAGGGAAAAGACGACCCGUUUCGUUGUUGCCCAGAUAGAUUGUUAUCUACUACAGCAGAGGGAUUAUAGUCGAAGUGGUUUUGCAAAGCUAAGAGCCACCUUCGCACGAUACUGUUGCCUAUUUCCCGCCAGAUUACAUGGCAAUUAUCUAACGACUGUUUACCUAUGCUCCAAAUUUGCAUAUUUAAUAAAUUCUACCGGUCAACUCUUUCUAUUAGACUUCUUCCUUGGCGGUGGUUACAGCGUUUACGGUCUUCGUUUAUUAAGAAACGCUAUGAAAGGUGGUCGCCGUUGGUCAGCGUCUCCAAUUUUUCCCAGAGUGACGCUUUGCGACUUUCAAGUAAGGCAGCAAACGAAUGUUCAUAGAUAUACAGUGCAGUGUGUUCUUCCAAUAAAUCUCUUUAAUGAGAAAAUCUUUAUAUUUAUCUGGUUCUGGUUAGUUAUGGUAUCUUGUUGUACUUUAAUUUCUCUAUUGCAGUGCACUUAUAAGGCAUCCUAUUGGCCUGCUCAGGUAAGGGAUGUUAGGAAAACAUUGAGCUCUUUGGAGUUUGGUAAAAGAGAGAUAAGAACUGCUAAAACUUUUGUAGAAAGAUAUUUAAGAAGGGAUGGAAUGCUUUUACUACGUUUAAUCACCGUAAACGCUGGGCAUCUUGUAUCGGCCGACGUAUUAAGAGGAUUAUGGGUAGGUUAUGGAUCUGAUAAAAGAAUUCAAAACAAGAGCAGGGCAAAUUUAUCUCAAGAGAUGGUUUAAGCGAAUUCUUUUGAAUUUUCUUCAAAAUUCUCAUUUUUUAUAUAUCGUAUGCAUAAAUGUUUGAAUUUAGAGUAAGCUUCACAUUUAAAAAUACAUAAGAGCUUAAUUUCGCCUCUGAAAAUAAAAGAGACUUCGAACGUGAUUGAGUUAAUAGAAAGUUUAGUCUUGAUAGAUAUAUUAUGCAUAUCUGUGAAUAAAAUUCGGAUCUG